CCUCAGCCUUUAAGUCUCAUGUGAAAUUUGCAUUUUCUGAUUCUUGCUACAUUUUAUAGGCAACAGGCUGUUGGGUUUAGUGUUUAACCUUAAAUUUCAUUAAUUACAGGAAAAUCUGUUAUAACGCAGUAUUUUUUUCUACUGCAUAUUAAAUCAUAUCCUCCAGAAUAUAACUACUUAUAGAGGCUUGCAUGUUACACAACAAUGUGAAUGUACUUAAUGCUACUGAGUUGUUCAUUUAAUAAUGGUUAAGAUAAUAAAUUUAUGUUAUGUACAUUUUACCACAAUUAAAAAAAGCCUUAUUGUAGACCUGUUCACCAAUACUCAUGGAAUCAAGGCAGUCCUUGGCAUGUCAGCGUUGUAUUAUGAUUUUACUUUAAUCAUAAUGUUGGUUGCCCCCGGCCCAGUUAUCUGCCCCUGUAGACUUACUGAAUAGCUCGUAAGAGAUUGAACUGUGGCAAAACAAAACAUAACACUGUAAAACCAAGUUCUGGCCAGGGACCGUUGACAAAUUCAGACCAAUGUGACAGUGCGCAAGAAUUUUCAAAGUAAUCAAGCACUUAAUUUUAACUUAAAAAAUGUUUGCUUCCCAUGAUGCAUUUAAUUUAUAAUUAUGUAAUUAGUUUAAGAAUUAAGAUUUGAAAUAGCUGGGAGGAUAAAGGAAAGGAUAAUUUCUGACAGCUUAAUAUUAAGCAGAAAUUACACUCUGGAAGUGCAUUUUUAAAAUGGGUAAAAAUGAGAUGAGACAGAGCUAAAACUGCUGGGCAGCAUCUAGUUCCCGCUCCCUUCUGUAAAGGACAGUACACCAUCUGCACUCUCUUACCGCACAGCUGUAUCCUGGUGGGAAGGCCAGCAUCUGUUCAGAAUGGACCAUUAGGGCGGGCAAGGGUUAAACAACAUUCUCCGGGAUUAUGUACCAUGCUCAGAGGCUUGGCCUGAGUCAUGCACACUGAAACUUGAGUGCUGUCACACCCUUUCUCUGCAGAGGAGGGGGCACGCUUCCUGCCUGCAGAGCACAGGAGAGCACGCGUCUACAGAGAGAACAAGGCUUCCAUUUGCUGUUAACACAUGGAACUGAGGUGAAACGUGUUCCCCGAUCAUACACAUUUGAUGACGUCUGGGAAACGGGACUGAGGACAUCAAGAUGAAGGCUGUCAUCCUGGCAGCUGCUGGACUGAUGCUUCUGUCACCCACUCUUUGUCAAAGUGGCAUGGAAAAUGAUGCAGACAACUUGGCAGUGCCAACCUUACCUAUUAAAACCUACCAUGGAGCUCCCUCAAAUUCUUUUGAAGAGUUUCCCCUUUCUGCUAUAGAAGGCUGGACAGGAACCACCCCAACUAUUAAAAUUAAGUGCCCUGAAGAAAGUGUUUCAAAGCUCCACGUGAAUAAUGCUACCAUGGGGUACCUGAGCAGCUCCUUAAGUACCAAACUGAUACCUGCCAUCUACAUCCUGGUGUUUGUAGUAGGUGCGCCAGCCAAUGCGGUGACCCUGUGGAUGCUCUUCUUCAGGACCAGGUCCAUCUCUAUGACCAUCUUCUACACCAACCUGGCCAUUGCAGAUUUUCUUUUUUGUGUCACGCUGCCCUUUAAGAUAGCCUACCACCUCAAUGGAAACAACUGGGUAUUUGGAGAGGUCAUGUGCCGGGCCACCACAGUCAUCUUCUACGGCAACAUGUAUUGCUCCAUUCUGCUCCUUGCCUGCAUCAGCAUCAGCCGCUACCUAGCCAUUGUCCAUCCUUUCACUUACCGGGGACUGCCCAGGCGCACCUAUGCCUUGUUAAUGUGUGCACUGGUGUGGGCAAUAGUUUUCUUAUACAUGCUGCCAUUUCUCAUCCUAAAGCAGGAGUACUAUCUUGUCCACCCAGGUAUCACCACCUGCCAUGAUGUCCAUAACACAUGCAAAUCCUCAGCUCCCUUCCAACUCUAUUACUUCAUCUCCUUGGCAUUCUUUGGAUUCUUAAUUCCAUUUGUGGUCAUUAUCUAUUGCUACACAGCCAUCAUUCGGACGCUUAAUGCGUACGAUCAUAGAUGGCUGUGGUAUGUUAAGACGAGUCUCCUCAUUCUUAUGAUUUUUACCAUUUGCUUUGCUCCAAGCAAUAUUAUCCUUAUUAUUCACCACACUAACUACUACUACAACAACAUCGAUGGCUUAUACUUUAUCUAUCUCAUAGCCUUGUGCCUCGGUAGCUUGAACAGUUGCCUAGAUCCAUUCCUUUAUUUUCUCAUGUCAAAAAUCACAGAUCACUCCACUGUUUACCUUACAAUGGUGAAAUCAUCUUAGAGAACAAGGAAAGCUAUCUGCAAAAACAUACAUUCUUGGGAUAACAUGUGCAUAAGUGCAAGGAGCUCUAUUUUCUAGCUCCAUCUGUGAGCACCUAAGAAACAGUGGUUCAAAAUAAACCAUUACGAAAGCACUAGUUUUUUUUUUUACACACUUUAUCAGUAUUUUAAGAACGUCAAUGCAGAUGAAAGAUAUCACCACUUUCUUUAUGGCAACUGACACAUUUGCCAGACUGGUACUUCAAGCUCCUCUCCUUCUCUGAGGCUUAUACUCUUGAUGAUUUAGAGGAGGAGGGUGGGUCAAGGGACAAAGGCACAGCCUAGGGAGAAGCUAAGAUCUCAGUUCUUAGUAUCUGGCAUCAUUUUUGAUUCUUCUGCUUCCUUCAGCUCUCAUGCUGGUGGCUGCCUCAUCAGCUGAUGCUACCUCUCUCAGUCUCUCACUAGGGUCGUUAUCCUAACCCCAGCUUUGCCUUCUAACCAUUCUGUUCACUGCCAGCCUGUCGUCCAUUUCACCAGCCACUGUCAGAUUAAUCUUCCUCAAGUAUCACUUUGGAUACACCAUUCAAAACUCCCAGUUCAAAAACCUCCAUCAACUCUCCACUGCUUUGGAAUAAAUUAUAAAUCUUUAGCUUGGCAUUCAGAGUUGACUUUUUAACUUUACUUCCCAAUAAAUCUUGCCUGUGAUACAGGCGCUAGCGAAGCUUCUUGCUUUGCCCUGAUCUCAAUUUCUCCUCUCUUUGCCCCUGCCUAUAACUGGAAACCUAUUUCUAACAUGUUUGCCUUAACUCUUUCCAUCUCUUGAAGUCCUCAAAGGACCAUUCUUCCCUGAUUCUCAAGCUAGAAAUUCAUUUAUCUCAUCUGAACUUUCAAAGCACUUUCUUGUUUUUUUAUCAUGGCACUUAUAUGCAGUUCAUUUAUAUACAAAUAUUAAUUCCAUAAACACUUAUUAAGUACCACGUAUGAUAGAGAAAGGACUUGUCCUCUUCCUUCUUAGAGCUUCUUGUAGCAACCUUAGGCCCACGUUUUCCCAGGGUCUGUGGGGCCCAGCUCCACGCGUUGUACAUCAUGUGGUGGAAUGAAUGAAAGAGUAAAAUCCCAAAGCAUCUAAACAGCAUGAAAGCCCAUCAAAUUCACACCGAGAAGGCAAGGUAUUCUGUAUGUCAUGGGACAACAUCAUUUUUGGUUGGCCAUGUUAAAAAAAAACAAAAAAGGAAGCUAAGAAUAUACUCAUGAGGUCACUUAGAAGUUUAAAAUAUCACCUCUAUUAUUUGUCUUCUUUAUGCCCAAUUUUUAAUAGGGAAACAAUAUUUUGUUAUAAACACCCAGUAUAUUCCUGUAGGUAAAUGACUCCAUUUCCUUUAGUAUAUGGAUUAGAUAAGAGGUGGGGAUUAGUGGCUAAGGGCAUGAAGGAUUGCUGAGAUGAAUUUUCUAGUCUGUAGGAACAUGCAUUGACCACAUACUUUGUAAUAACCAAGAAAACAAUAAAAAAAACAUUUUAAAAGCAUA